AUGCGCGGAGGCUGUGCGAAACAGCGCGGGAGCGCGGAUACAUGUCUCUCGGCAGACGAAUUACGUGAGGGCAGCGCGAGGCACCAGGGGAACCAAGCUGAUGCAGAUUGCGCGACAGAGGAGGGGCGCGGAAGUGGCGCGAGGCGCCAGGGGAGCAGCGCGGAGGCAGAUCGCGCGCCAGGGGAGGUACGCGGGAGUGGCGCAAGGCGCCAGGGGAGCAGCGCGGAGGCAGAUCGCGCGCCAGGGGAGGUGCGCGGGAGUGGCGCGAGGCGCCAGGGGAGCAGCGCAGAGGCAGAUCGCGCGCCAGGGGAGGUGCGCGGGAGUGGCGCAAGGCGCCAGGGGAGCAGCGCGGAGGCAGGCCGCGCGCCAGGGGAGGUGCGCGGGAGUGGCGCGAGGCGCCAAGGGAGCAACGGGGAGGCAGAUCGCGCGCCAGGGGAGGUGCGCGGGAGUGGCGCAAGGCGCCAGGGGAGCAGCGCGGAGGCAGAUCGCGCGCCAGGGGAGGUGCGCGGGAGUGGCGCAAGGCGCCAGGGGAGCAACGCAGAGGCAGAUCGCGCUCCAGGGGAUGUGCGCGGGAGUGGCGCGAGGCGCCGCAAGAGCAAGGAGAAUGACCGCGCGACAGGGCGCAUGCGUGGGGAAGACGGACCGCCGGAGCCACAGCCAGAAACUGAGAGGAGGAGGCGUAUGGAGAUGGGAUCUCGACGAUCGCCAGAGCCGUGGGACGAGGAAGAGGAUAGACGGGAGCUGCGAAUGCGGAAUGCACUACCAUGGGAGGUACCUGAGGAGGAAAUCAGGGGGAAGGCGGAAAAAGAGGAGCUAAGAAGGAGAAAUGACGAGCAAUACAGAAGGAGGGAGAGGUCGCCUGAAGGGAAGACAGGAACAGCAGCAGGAGCAGAGGAGCGGGACGAGCCGGCGGGGGCAAAAGCGUGUGUAGUAGCAGCGGCAGAAGAGGAAGGGAAGAACGAGAAGGUGGGGGCAUGGGCGGACGAACCAGAAGCGGCAGGCACGGAAGGGAAGAACGAGAAGGUGGGGGCAUGGGCAGCAGCAGAAGGGGAAGAGAAGGACGAGAAGAAGGGGGCAGGGGCGUGUGGACUGGUAGCAGCCGGCGCGGAAGGGAAGAACGCGCAGGUGGGGGCAGGAGCGUGUGUAACAGCAGCAGCGAAGGCAGAGGAAAAGGAAGAGCAGGUGGGGGCAGGAGCGUGUGUACCUGCAGUAGCAGAGGCAGAAGGGAAGGACGAGAAGGGGAAGAGGUAG